GAAUAAAAAAGGGCUUAUAAAUUCUUGAAGAGGACUAACUCUAUGAGAUGACUGUCACAGUAGAGAGAGAAACCUAGAGAGACAAGGAGAGAAAGUAAAGAUAAAAUGGAGAUGAGUGAGAGAAAGUAAGUUUUAGGGUUAUCGAUUUUCCCUUUGGUGAUUAAAAUUUUCUUUCUCUUCCUCUCCAGUCUCCAGUGUGUUAAAUUUUUUUCAGUGAAUUCAACGUUUAUUUUAUUUGCUCUCUAAAAAGCUUGCAUUUUUCGUUUUCCUCCGGUGAAGCGUUUGGUUUUUUUGAUUUUUCGUUGACACUUUUUUCCGAUUCUUGUUUCGUCGGGUGGCGAUCCCGGAUAAUCCCGAUUUUCUCCAGGACUUUACAUCUUUUAAUCAAAAUUGAACCGCCGGUUCUAAGAAUUUGGAGCUUCUAGCGGUUGCUCAUUUCAGUAAUUAAAAAAAAAGGGUUUUUUUGGCUUGAAGUUAAUUUUGUAAAUUUUGGAUAUAUGUUGGGCUUUUCUGUCUGGGGCUUUUUUUUUUUACCGAAACUUGGUGGCUUUAGUUGGACAAUUUUGAGGUAAGAGAAAAGGGUCAUAAAAAAUGUAGACUAAGAAAACAUUGGUAUCAGAAAAAGACCCAUUUGAUUGGAAAAACUUGUUUGGGUUUGAUUUUUUAAAGAAAAUUCGAUAGAGAAGACAGUGUGCUUGAGCUUAAUUUACUAGCUUUUGACUUUAGUUAUGAUUCAAAUAGUUGUUUGAUUCAAUUAAUAUCUUCCCAAAAUUUGAUCUUGUUUUUUAAUUAUCAAACUCAACUGAUAAUUUUCUAAUUUAGUGGUUAACGGCAAGAAAAAAAUAACCAUUUUGAAUUACAAAAAAAAAAAAAAGGGAAAGAUUUUUGGAGUUUUAAGGUUGUUUUUUAAAAAAUGGCAGUUUCUUUUCCUCGUUUUCCAUGGUGGUUUUGGAGUGGUGGAAGUAAAGAUAAACAGCCUGUUUUAAAUGGGUCUUCUUUGAAUUCUUCUUCUUCUUCUUCUUCUGAUAGGGGGUUGGGGAUGAGAGAGUCUGAAACUGUUAAAUUUCAAACAAAAAUAGCCUCAGCGAAAGGAAAGGGAACGUGGCAAGGUAGUGAGGAGAGGAGGGUGGUUGAUAAAGAAUGUGAUAUAGUGGUGGUUUCAUCAGAUGGUAUGCAUUUGUCUGGAUAUGAAUCAGAUGGUCCAGAAUGGUCCAUUGGAUGGGAAGAACCCCAUGGUCCUGGUUUUCAAGGUGAUAAUGAAGAUGAUGGUGGAUUUGCUGUGCUGGUUCCUUGUUAUAGACCUGGUUGCAAGGAACUUGUAGAGGGCCCCAACAACCAGCUCUUGAGUGCAAUCAAGAACCUCCCAAAUGUGUUCUCUUCUGAAGGAAGCAACUCUGUGCAGCAGUGGUUUUCUUCUCUUCAUAACUUCUGAAAGCCUACAAGUGGCUGACCGACCUGACUGUAGAUGAAAUUUCCGGAGAUAUUUCAGCCGGGGGUACUCCUUAAGAAGGAAACCUAUUAUAGUAUCAAAUAUUAAUGUAAAAAAGGUGGCAGGUAAAGAGCAUCUGCUUCAGCUUCUGGUAAAAUGCCAAGGGCUAAGUCCAUGGAGAAUGGAGAUGCACAAAGGAUGCAUUUUCUCCUCUUCAAGAUGACUUGGAAGACCACACAUGUUUCCAGGGAGCUACUCUGUUUUGUCAAGUCAUCCUUCCUACUUAACUGCAUCUGUGGAUAUACGAAGAUAUGGUGGAAAAUUUUUUGUUUUCUGUAAAUUGUAUUACUGUGAAUAUGCAAGAAAUGGUCCUUCCUACUGCUACUGUGAAUAACUUUGAUCUUUUUCCCUAGUAAUCUACCAUUUUAUCAAUUUUGUAAAUAUUUCUUUUUCUCUAGUAUGAGGAGUAAUAUACCCUCUUAUCCCCGGUUGCAAGAAUUCGUUUCACUUUAAUCUUUAUAUUUACACAGCCACGUUCAAUUUAUGGCCUGCU